GGUCCGGGAGUCAAAAAGACAUCACAUCUGGGAUCGCCAGUCCUGUCGAGUCCGGCAUCGUGUCCCGGGGGGCCGAGGCACACGGGCCGUCUCUGAGCGUGUAGGUGGCACCUCGAGCUGAUUCUUCGGAAUGGUCAUCGCGUAGGAGCCAUCUUGCAGGAAGAAGGGCCAGCCAGAUGGCAGCAGGUUCUGCAGGUCUCGGCGCACCGGGUGCCCCCGAUAGAAAGGGCUGGGAAGCAGAGGAGCUUGUAUUUGCUGCUGCGGCCUGUUCUCUUUAUGCUAUUAAAAGAAAGAAGUACAACUCAACUAAAUAAAGAAACCUCUCUUCCCUCUUUCCUGUGAACAGAUGAAACAGUCAGAUUGCUUGCAGAAAGAAUAAAAGCAGAGGAAAGAAUCUACGUCUUCCAAAGGCUAAAGGACAGAGUAUUGAAAUGGCCUGGAAAGUGUUCAGCAUUAACAGCAUCAAGUCAAAUGUUCACCUGGGGUGCAACUGGGAAGAAACAAAAGAAAAAUCAACGUGCAGUCAAAGAGCCGCUUCACUUUUCUAGAAAGUGACCCUUCACAGAGCUCCAAGGGAGCCUUCUCCCUUAGCAACAGCCCUGAAGUUCCAGAAACCAUUCUAAACCCUGAUGGUCAGCUUCAGCGUCUGUCUGGUCAUCAGACUUAUUGCCGAGUCUUCAUCCCAGGGAGAUGCAUGUGGCGGUCGUGGCAGCAGACGUGAUUUUGCUCUUAAGCAUGGGGUGGACCUCAGACUCUCUCUGCUCACCCACUGUGUUUUACAGAGCCUGCUGGAUCCGACGCUUCCCAGGUCUCCUAGUUGACCUGGAGGAGUCUCAGAAGCUGGGGGCCCAGUUCUUGAAGUAUUAUUCCGAAAGCACCGGUCAGAAGUGCAGUCAGAGCUGCUGUCUUAGGAAGGAUGCUUUUCACUGGACGUGGCUUUGCAGCAUGGGGCUAGCACACACCUGCAGUCGGGGUCAAGUUUCCUGUAACUUGGCUGUCUUCUUCCACGAUCCUAUUCAUGACGAUGUCAACUGCCUCCAUAUUCACUGCCCAACCCUGGAGAGCUGCAUAUUGGAGCCCGGAACCAGCGCCAUUUUAUACAACAUAACAGACGGUGUAGAUCCAGAUUUGCUGGUUUUUGAACAAUCACUGCCCACAUAUCUAAAUACCCGUUCUUCAUCUAACAUACGGGAGAGACUAAGGAUUCUAAAAGCUAUGUAUUUAGAUAAACAACAAACGACCAUGAUAAACCAAAUGCUACCAUCAGUAGAGUCUCCAUCAUCAAUCACAUAUCAAGAUUUGUUUGCAACCACAAAUAAUACUAGGUAUUCCAAGGAAUUAACCACAGGCUCUUGGGCAAGAUUCAUUUCUCUGAAUGACUCCAUUACCACAAACGUAAAUAUGGUGUCAGCCAGUACUGAGUUCAUCAACAAUUCAGAUAACAAGACUAUUUCUCCUUUCUUUGUGCCUAUAGACACAAAACUUUCUCAUAUGCCUAUUCCAUCCCAACUUAACAGUAGCAAACAAUUACUGAACAAAACCAAAGGGUACAACAGCAGAAACCGUACAUCUGAGAAUGAAGACACACCUGAUGGGGCACCUGUGACUUCCAAGACGUGGUUGGUUCCUGUGGCCCUCUGCACCUCUGUCAUCUCUCUCUGCUGUUGUGUAGUCAUCCUGGCAUCUGGAUGCUGUCGAAAGCACCAGGGCCAGUAUAAACUAGGACAGAGAAAGUCAGGAUCCAAGCAAAUUAAAAAAUGUACCAUUCUGAAGGAGCGCUCUUAAUGGUAAAAGAUGUGAGCAUUGUAAGCUUUUAAGAGAAUCAUUUUCAGUUUUCUGUAAGACGAGGGCAGUUUGAUUAAAAACAAAUAAAUAAAAAGCACAGAUACCCAUUCUUACCAAUCUCUAAAGAAUGCCAAUGUUUGAUAAACAUAAUUGCUUUUUUGAUUAUUUCCAUUUUUGAAUAGUGUACCUUUUGCUGAAGUUCCAAAAUUCUGAUCUCUGCAGUUAUUCAGAACCACGUAAGAGAUAGCUUUAAGUGCUGUACAUGUAUUAGCUUGUUGAUUCCUUGAACUCUGUGAGAUAAGUAUGCUACUGUUAACUAUUAUACUGUUCUUAUCACAUUUUACAGAUGAGGAAACUGAGGAAAGAGAGGCUAAGUAUCUUGCCGAAAGUCACACAGCUAGUAUGUAGCAA